CGGAUUCUACUGACAAAUGAAAAGCUUGAAGAUAAUGUAUUUAUGUGCGUAUCUCUUUGAUUGGAGAGUCACUUUCUGUUAAUAUACCAUCAGCAUGGCUGCUAUGUUGUCAAGUUCCCUGUUUCGCAAUACUAUUUCACGUCGUUGCUCUCAAUGUCAAGCUUAUGUUAUCUCAAAAUGUUUGGGAACUUCAACAGAUGGAAGUGAUCACAUGAGCCCACCUCUUCCUCCCACGAAAGAAUACAAAAAUGAGACUCCAGAAUUGAGACGGGCUCGGUUGUUAUAUCAAAGCAGGAAGCGAGGAAUGUUGGAAAAUGGGCUUAUCUUAAGUACCUUUGCUUCAAAAUAUCUCAAAGAUCUAAAUGAACAACAGUUGAUGCAGUAUGAUACUCUUAUCAAUGAACCAACUAAUGACUGGGACAUUUACUAUUGGAUAACAGGAACAAAACCUACUCCUGAUCAGUUCAACAAUGAAAUUAUGCAAUUAUUGAAAGAGUUUGUCAAAAAUGAUGAGCGUGCCAGUCGACUCAAACAGCCGGAUCUAUAAAAUUACCAGAGGAUUCCUUCAUUUUUAGUGUAAUUGUAAAAUAAAAACAAAAUAAGGAUUCGAAUGUAUAAACUGACUAGUCAUACUUUUGGAUUAAAAAAAAUGUUACAAGCCUA